AGAUGUCAUGUGGUUAUAUUGCCCUAAAAAGAUAACCCAUGUCUGAAAAGCUGACGUAGCAGUUCGUCCUUCGCACUAUGAGACAGCUGUUGUUACUUCUCUUGGACAUAUCAAGUACGUUCGCCGUGCUGAAAUUUGCGUCAUACUAUGCUGACCACAUGGUUCUUCAAAGAGGGCCCCAGAGGGCGAUAGUCUGGGGCCAUGCUGCAACAAUUGGAGACGAGGUUACAGUCACUAUCAGUGGUCAAGAAGAGGUCAAGGUCAAGGUUGUGAAGGACCCUAAUGGAAAUGAAGGAUUAUGGAAGGCUAAACUGCCAGCUGUCACUGACCCUGGUCCCUUCACCUUGACAGCGUCCUCGUCAGAAGGGGACUUAACUCUAACUGACGUCAUGUUUGGUGACGUAUGGGUGUGCUCUGGACAAAGUAACAUGGUGUUUACAAUGAGUCAGAUCAUUAACUCAUCUGCGGAAAUCGCGGAAGCACUGAAGUUCAAGACUAUCAGAAUUUUCAAGACAUCACAGGUAGAAUCAACCACGCCUUUGGAAGACGUACAGAGCAUUGCCACUCAGUGGACUGAGCCAACUGAUGCCACCGUGUCGUCCUUCUCUGGUCUGUGUAUGCUGUUUGGGGAGUACCUGUAUCCUAACAGGAACUACCCCCUUGGGCUGAUAGACUCAGCAUGGGGUGGGACGCCCAUUGAAGCCUGGUCCUCUCCCGACGCCAUUGCCAAAUGUCCUACACACAACAAAAGAGCCCCUGGUGAUAAAUCAGUAUUGUGGAAUGCUAUGAUCAACCCGUUUCUCGACAUGACCAUAUUUGGUGCAUUAUGGUAUCAAGGGGAGUCAAAUGCUGGGAAUCCAGAUCUUUAUGAAUGUCAGUUUCCGGCCAUGAUAAAUGAUUGGAGAGAAAAAUUUCAUGCCAGCUCAGAACAGGAGACAAUCAGCCAGUUUCCGUUCGGAUUUGUCCAGCUCGCUCCAAAUGCCAAAUCGACGGAUGUGGGAACGUUCCCUGCGCUCAGGUGGUCUCAAACGGCAGAUGUUGGUUUUGUGCCCAACGACAAGAUGCCCAAAACAUUCAUGGCUGUAGCCAUUGAUCUCCCAGAUUAUGACUCUCCUUUUGGGACAAUCCAUCCACGGUAUAAGCAGGAUAUCGCCUCCCGCCUGGUGCUUGGGGCAAGGUCAGUGGCCUAUGGAGAGGAAGGGGUAAAGUUUCAGGGUCCUCUCCCUCAAACAUUCAGCCUUAACAACGUCAACAACAUCCUUAACGUGAACUACGGAGACGACAAUCCUAUAAAGGUUCUCAACAAUAACGGCUUUGAGGUGUGCUGUUCCAGCACGAGUUCAACUGAAUGCGUAGACUCAGAUGAGUGGGUGGCUGCACCAAUCACAGACCAGGACACAAACUCUGUAUCGGUGUCAGUGGCUGGCUGUGAGAGCAAGUCCACGGUUGGUCUCCGAUAUGAAUGGCGCACAAGUCCCUGUGAUCUCAGAGACUGUGCCAUAUAUGGAAGUGAUACAGAUUUGCCAGCUCCGCCAUACAUAACAACAAGAGGGUUUUAGACAAAAAUAAGCACAGCAACUAUUUGUAUCGACCAUCAUGAAUACAAGUGCUUACAUUA